UUACGUACUCCUGAAACGCAGGGGACCUAACUCCUAGCCGCCUCUUCCAGCCACCCGUCUUCGACCCUCCGUCCACCGCCGCUUCGUUUCCCGCCGCAUCGCCAAUGGCCUCGCGGCUCCGGCUCGGCCAGCCCAGCCCGAACCCCGGCCCCAGCCCCAGCCCCAGCCCCGGCGAGGGGAAGAUAGAAGAAGGAGAAGGGAGGAAGCCGGAGCCGCGGCGAGAGGUGACGGAUCUGGGCGGCGGGAGCGAGGUGGUGCACAUCCCGCGGUUCAUGGCGCGGGAGAGGGCGUGGGAGCUGUUCGAACACCUCGACAAGCGCAUCCCGUGGACGCGCCCCACCAUCCGCGUCUUCGGCCGCUCCGUCGUCCAGCCCAGAGAUACCUGCUAUGUGGCAGAUAAAGGGCUAACAGAUUUGAGGUACAGCGGCCAUCAGCCUCAUGCGCAUUCUUGGGAUGAUUUCCCAGUGCUCAAGGAUAUCUUGAAAGAGGUCCAUGAAGCCCUCCCAGGAAGCCACUUUAACAGCCUGCUGCUGAACAGAUACAAGGGAUGUUCAGACUAUGUGUCGUGGCACGCCGAUGACGAACCCCUCUACGGGCCUACCCCGGAGAUCGCGUCCGUCACAUUCGGGUGCGAACGUGAGUUCUUGCUGAGGAAGAAGCCUGCCAACACACAAUCACAAGCUGCUGGUGAAUCUGGGGAAACGGCUCGGAAGCGGCUCAAGGUCAGCGCCCCUCAGCAGCAUUCGUUCCUCCUGAAGCAUGGCUCGUUGCUCGUGAUGAGGGGCUACACCCAGCGGGACUGGCAGCACGCGGUGCCCAAGCGUGCGAGGGCGGCCUCGACGAGGAUCAACCUGACUUUCCGGCAUGUGUUGCCAUGAACAUGGCCAGUUCGCUUGGUCUCCCUCCAGUUUUGCGCAUGUGCCAUUGCGUGCAGUGUGUAGUGGGUUUCCUGAUAAUGCUUUGAACUUGCUUUAUCCCCCUUCCCACCUCCUGUAAUCUCUAUCGAACUCUGUAUUUCCGUUAUGCCAAAGUAAUGGAAAAGGGGAGUAGCCCAAAAUGUGCAACCUGCUA